AUGAGGGACAAUUCACCACAGCAAAAUCCCGUUGGCGUCAUCUACAUGGACCUGAACUUCCACGGGAACUUUUCCGCCGACGACGAUGGGAUCUACCGGAGCAUAGUGUGGGACCUUGGCGAAAGCAAGCUGGAGGGCGGCCAGAACGGCACCGUCCACACCGCAUUCACCUUCACGCACGGUGGCCAGGCAUUCAUGAUGGACGUGAAGGUGGAGGGCAGGCUGGAAAGCAUCGGCGACCGACCCAAGCAGGUCGGGCGGAAGCUCAAGUUCAAGCCCGACGGGCGCAGGCAUGGCCAGGUUUCGACAACCCUCACCGGCGCCUACGAGGGCGAGGCCCGGGUUGGACAUGCUCGCAGCAGGGCUGGAGCAUGCCAUGGUUCUGGAGAACAGCACCAGGCGGCCCGUCGAGCUUCCUGA